AAAUCUCUAACCGCUAGGCCAUUAUUUUUCACCUGUACUUAAUGACCUUUAAUUAUAAGUUUAAUCGGGACAUUUAUCUAUUUUGUAUUCAGAGCAACGACUUGUUUACCUAAUGGUCGCUAUGGAAAUGGUCAACUUGAGUGUGCAUUCUUAGUGAUCCUACGACAGGAACGAGUCAGAUUUAAAUUUUGUAUCAUUCAACUUGGUACUAUCUAUGCACGUGCUGAUACGCUGUCGCUUGAGAAUCAUGUCAACACAUCAGAUCACAGGUGUGAUUUUUCUAUUGAGCACCGGACUAAUUUGUGUCAAUUGCUUUGUUCCCUUGGAAGUUGAUCCUGAAAGCGGUAACACCACGAAGGACUUGACCUGUCCUCCAGGUCUAAUGCUUUGUUUCGAGACUGGAAUAUGUGCGGAAGUUUGUGAUACCACGGAGGCACUUAUCUGCCCCUCAGGUACUAUGUACUGCACACACACAGGACAAUGUAUGGAAGAUUGCCAUUCAGCUGAAACUCCACAGUGUCCACCGAAAAUGUCAUACUGUGUAGAAACAAACUCCUGCACAUUCUCUCAGUGUGACAAGGAAAACAUCGACUCCAUUAUGUGUCCCUCAGGGACAAGUUUCUGUCCUGCUCUUGAAGAGUGCACAAUAGACUGUCCUGGUGAAGACACGCGCUUUGUUUCUUGUCCAAUGGGACUACGCUACUGCGCAGAAAACGAUGAAUGUGUUUAUUGUUAUGAUGCUAGUAUACCAUAUAAAGAAGUGUGUCCACCUGGCUUUAUUUUGUGUGUAGAAGAUAAUCAAUGUUUACUAGAAUGCACAGAAAAGAAGUCAUCUCGAGUGAUUUGUCCGCCAGGCUUCGUAUUUUGUCCCGAGAGAGAAAACUGUGUCUAUGACUGCACCACAGAUGAGACACCAACUGCUUGUCCUCCUGAUAUGGUUUACUGUGUAGUGAAGGGUCGCUGUGUUUAUGACUGCAUCGCAGAUGAGACACCAAUUACUUGUCCUCCUGAUAUGGUUUACUGUGCAGUGAAAGGUCGCUGUGUUCAUGACUGCACAGUAGAUGAAACAUCAACUGUUUGUCCGCCUGAUAUGGUUUACUGUGCAGUGAAGGGUCGCUGUGUCCAUGACUGCACCGAAGACGAGACAUCAACUGUUUGUCCUCCUGAUAUGAUUUACUGUACAGUGAAGGGUCGCUGUGUCCAUGACUGUACCGAAGAUGAAACACCAACUGUUUGUCCUCCUUAUAUGGUUUACUGUGCAGUGGAGGGUCGCUGUGUCCAUGACUGCACCGAAGACGAGACACCAACUGUUUGUCCUCCUGAUAUGGUUUACUGUGCAGUAGAGGGUCGCUGUGUCCAUGACUGCAAAAUCAACACUUCAGUUGUAACCUGUCCUCAGAAAUACGUGUACUGUGCCGAAGUUGGGGAAUGUCAAAUCACCUGUACAUCACCACCCACACCAUUUCUGGACUGUCCUCUAAGCCAAGUGUAUUGUCAGCGACUGAUGAUUUGUGUUUCGGAGGCAGAAUGUUAUGGUUUUGAUUCGGCGGCGGCACCUGUUCCAGUUUCAGCUCAGUUCGCAGAUUCAUUAGACACUGUGGUGGUGAGAUUUUCAACAGUCCUACAACCACAAAAAACAUUCAGAUGCACGAAGAUAUUUGUGGAGGAAGAACUCGGAGAAGGCGCAGUUUGUGUUGUGACUGGAGACAACAUAACAAUCCGUUUAGGCCUAGUAUCCAGUAUUCGCCCAGGUCAAACUCUCCACCUUCGAGAAGGAAACGAGCUGUACGACCAUGUACAUUUAUCUACUGAGGCUACGGGCGACGUCAUUAUAGCAGAACCACUAAAUCCGAUUCCUCCUAGCUUUGUGCUGUACGGCCCAAGUGAAGUUUGCGGUGGAGAGGUGAACAUUACUGUGAUGAGUAUUAUCGGAGACGGAGCAGCUGAGCUAACCUACUUCUGGAGUAUAUUUCCAACAGACAGGACAUCGCUUAUCGAUCACCACAAGUUGACCAAGGAAAUAGAGAAAAGAAAAAAAAACUUAAGUCCAAGAAUUUAUUCCAUCGACUCGAAUAAACUUUCGACUGAUAUCGAUUACAUCAUCCUAGCUUCAGCUCAGAACAGGUUUCAGUUUACGUCUAAUGAGACAACCACACAUCGCAUCAAACGUGCUGGCUCCUCUCCACUCGUGGCUACAAUCCUUGGACACUAUGUAGUCAGCGCCCAGAAGGACAAUACGUUUGAAGCUAACAUUGAAAUGUGCAGUGGUGGAAACUUGACGGAACUAGAAUAUUCCUGGUCAAUAAACAGUUCUGAGUUCAGCCUUGCAGGGUUAAAAGGAAAAUGUGUUACUCUACCAAAGGGAACACUUCGUGGCAACAACAGUUACAAUAUCCUCGUCACUGUUUCUCUGAACGGAUCCAACGACUUUGUGGAAGCUAAGGCUAAUCAUUUAUUCAGUGUAACCAUGGAACCUCUCCAAGCCAUAAUAAACACGUGCAACAUUACGGUCGGUGAUAGUCAGAAUUUCUCACUAGAUGGUUCUCGAUCCUUUGAUCCAAGCAACACUGCUACUGACAUGCUCUACCAAUGGUUUUGUUUUCUACAUAACUCGUCCAGCGAGUGUUCUUUCUCGAGAAAAAUAAUGACCAAUUCUUCUGUUCUGUACAUUGAGGGAGGUUCUCUUAAACCAGCUAG